CUGCUGGACGGAACGGGACGGUCGGUCGGUCGGUCGGUCGACAGCAGCAGCGGGGGAACACGAAACGAUAUCGCAUCGCUAAAUAUAAUACGAGGCACGCGGUUCCGCUAACCGUCCGCCACGGCACGCGAGGCCGCAUGACGGCGACGGCUUUGCGGUAUAGUAGUUAGUAGUCACUAGUCAGUGGUAGUCACCGUUUGAGACCGUCGACGUUCGUAACGUCGACCUUCCGUCGACGCUUUUGUCGGCGUUCGUAAUCGCGAAAGUUACCGUGUACCUCACGUCUUCGACGAUCGACCGUGGAAAACGUGAGUGGCGAGCCUUUCCCAGGCAGGUGCGUCCUCCGCGAACGAGGAACUCUUCGAGGGGUUUGUGAUAUUUCUGACCGGAGCUUCUUUGACCAGAUCGAUCGUCGCCAAAAGCCGUAGAGAUGAGUAUCCAGAAGCCCGAAGAUCGAUUGCUAUCGGUUGUUAUAUCAACCGAACUUCCACCGUCUCCGAAUUCUCGACAGCUGUUUAUAAAUCAAGAUCAACAGGAUGAAGAAGCGUCCGAUUGUCCCCUAUUAACACCAAGUCCACCACCUACCCAAACCGACGGGACUCUCCAGUCGACGCCGAUAUUCAAUGCUCUGGAAGGAGCUCCAUUAGAGAUGAUACCCACGCCGACGCUUGAGAAUAUUAAUACGGAGGACGGACUCAACUUCAUGAACAUAGUGAAUAGUUCAAGCAAACCUUUAAACGAUGAACCGAGUUCACGUGAUCCCAUGGUGGAAUCUACUAGCAGCGGUAGCAGCAGUGACACAAACGAACCCGUUUGCGCACAAUUGUUGACACAAUUGAAUACCGCCUAUCAACAUCUCGCACCAGACGCUCAAGCUUUAGAGAACGGUGGGAAGCCACCGCUCGUUGGGAUUCAAUUGGUGGUGCCAAAACCGCCUAAAGAUUAUCGCUUUAUGAAAUGGAACUGGCCGUUGAUACGGAAGACAUGCUACUGGUCAUUGAUGUCGAUCUUGACUGGAUGCGCCGCUCUCGUUAUCGGCAUUAUCGCCACAAUGCCUAAGAAAUGCGACCCGCCGGUGGAAUGGUGGCAAGGCAGCACCUUCUACGAAAUAUUCCCGGCGUCCUUCCAGGACUCGACGAAGGGUGCCGACGGGAUCGGUGAUCUGCGAGGGAUAAUCAUGCGGCUGGACUACUUGAAGGAACUCGGAGUGCAGGCCGUCAGAUUGAACUCGAUAUUCCCGGCGUCACAUUACCCGGAAUAUUACUCGAACAUUAGUAACAUGUCGGACGUGAACAAGGAGUUGGGCACGCUGGAGGACUUCGCCGUUCUCGUGCGCGAGAUUCACAGGCGAAACAUGAGCCUAGUCCUCGAUUUACCUCUGUACCCGUUCAUGAAGCGAUUGAGCGAAGCGAAGACAAACCAGACUGAACGUGCGCUUCGAGAGAAACGUGAUCUCACGAAGGACGCGAUAAUUCCCGACGUACUGCCGUCCGCGCCGUCCACGUCGGUCGAAGGUAUCCGCGACGUUCUGUCAUCGCCGCUGCAAAAAGUGAAGAGACAAACGACUCGUCAACAAGAGCAUCCCGUCAGCGAGGCCAUCAGGAUCUGGCAGGAGCGAGGGGUGGACGGCUUCUAUCUAAAGGGACUGGAGCAUUACGUCGACGAGGACACGUUUGCGAGCGAUCUCAGAUACUGGAGGUCUCUUCUACGCCCGGGCGGUAUCUUCAUCUGUCACGUGGGCGCCCUGGAUGCCGCUACCUCCGACGCCGUGAGGAACUCCAUUCUGUCCAGGAUAGAUCUGAUCGACGUGACACUUCGUCUGACGAACGGCACAAGGGACAUCAAGGCGCAGAUCGAGAGCAUCACGAGGGGUGUGAUGUUCGACAAGGCCGCCUACCCGUGGAUCCACUGGUCCGUAGGCGGCGUGGACACCAACAGAGUGGCCUCCACUAUGACCGUGAAGAACGCUAGCGUGGCUGCUUCUCUUCUCGGUAUGAUGCUACCUGGGACAGCUAGUAUAUUUUACGGAGAUGAGAUAGGUAUCGAAGAUUGUGAGUGUCGGGAUCACAAGGAUUUGGCACACGUGCACAAUUUGGUUCCUAUGUAUUGGGAGAAGGAUGACGGCCCCGGUAUCAGUUUCUCGCCUUCAGGAGUUACCGCUUGGCUACCAGAGGCUGGGAAACCUAUGGAGACCAGUUUGAAGAACACUGUUACAAAAAUGGCGAAGCUAAGGAUGGAAGCGACACCGAUUUACGUCAAAGCGGUGUUAAGAGAGAGCCAAUCUACUGCGAACUGUGAUGUUAGGUAUGUAGAAGAUGAAAUGAUCGUGAUUGAGCGGUGGUACCCACGAAGAAAUUCUUAUGUAUUUGUAGCCAAUUUUGGCAAUGAAACACGGAUAAAGGAUCUGUCAUCCCUUUAUUAUGGUGGUCACGUUGUAGUUGGACCAAGUUACAGAAUGAAUCGAAAUGUGUACUUCAAAGAACUUACCGUCCCCCCCGGAGAAGCGUUUGUUAUAAAAUUAGAUAAGUGAGAGACAGCCUUUUUGUUAAACCUUAUAUAAGUUCACUUGUUGACAGAUUAUAUUUUUAUUUAUACUUUUGUCAUAUGAAACGAUCAUCAGUCAUUUAAACACCAUCAGAAGUAUUGGAUGUACCUUACAACGAAAUAAAAUUUUAUAAAAUUUUACUUUACGAAAUUUUAGGGAUAAAAUAAUUCUUCGAUUAUAAACGAUC